AGCAUUUUGGAGAGGGUUUAUAAAGAGGGAAGUCGUAGCGUUCCGUUACACAGAGACAGAGAAACACUUUUUACCUCUGAAAGACAGGAAGACAGAUCACGCAGUGAAGAUGAAGCUGCCCAUUGCCAUUGCAGUGCUGUUUUUGGUGCUGGCCGCACACACAGAUGCCCAGGAGGCGGAGCCAACUCUGGAAGAGCGCUUUGCAACCUUCCAGACUCAGGUGAAAGAAUUUGCUGACGACCUCACAGAGAAGACCAAGGCCACCUUCGAGCAGAUCCACCAGAGCGAUUUUGCCGUCAAGACCAGGAGCUGGUUCGCUGAGCAGUUUGAGAAGAUGAAGCAGAAAGUGGAUGAGACCUUCCAGAAGCAGUAGGCUGCAGUCCUGAUGCCUUCUGCUGGCCCUCUUUCUGGCCUUACUCUCUCUGUUACACUCUACCUUAAUCCCAUUACUGAAAGUCCCAGAUAAAAAUGCUGUGCUAAAAUGCUGACACAUUCUAAAACAAUAAAAAUGAAAACUGUGAUAAGGA